CUUAUAACGGCUUCGGCCCCCAAAACACCCAAAGAUAUCUUCACAAAAGGCGGAUCUAUUCCUCGGAGUCGUCCCAUAAAGUAUCUAAUGUGUGGCGAAAACAAAGAUAAUAGCGCCGAAUGGGCACAACAUUUAACCCGAACCCUGCAUGGGAUCCGUCUUUGGAACUCCGAUGCCCUCAAACCCUAUCGUCAUGAAGAGUUUGAACGACUUUUGAUGGCUUUGGAUUGAAAUCUUUGAAAACUUUUUACACUUUUAAUGAAUAUGUAAUUUUUCC